GGCGCUAAAGGACGGCGACGAGUCCCGGUGUCGGCAACAAGGGAGGCGAGCAGGUCCGCGCCAGGAUAGGGUUUUUUUUGCCUCACGUAGGAUGAUGCCCCCAGCCUGGCUCGCUGCAGCACAAACGAGCUCCCCCAGCGCUCUUUUCCCGCGCUGGAGGACGAAGGCUUUGCUGAGUUGAGUGGGGCAAGCGGGCGGAGGCGAGGCGAGGCUCCUCGUGGGGAGGUAUGCCGGCCAAGCCGCAGCAGCCGAGCCGAGGACCCGCGCAGCCACCGGAGGGGGAAAGGUACCAAGAAUCAAAAUAAAAUGAUGAUGAGAAAUUACUAAUCUAUGAAGGAAGAAGUGUGGCAUGUUCAAGAAAUAGAGCAAAGUUUAAAUGGACACUCAGGUCACUAAAGGAGGAAAUAUACAAAUUAGCUCUUGCUGGGAGAUCUAUGAACUUGCAACGCAUGGUGAUUUGUAGCUGUGUGCCUUUGAACAUUCCGUCACUCUUGGAAAAUAACGUGCAUUAUAAAAAGAUACAGUUGAAGAAACAUGUCUACAAACAUAGAGAUCAUCAAUUUGUCAUUUUUACUGGAACAUGAAAAAGAAACAAUAUUGGGGGUACUGAAGAGGGAUGAAUACCUGAAAAAAACUGAAGAUAAACGAAUAAGAAAGUUGAAGAACGAGCUACUGGAAGUCAAACGGAAAGGUGGCCGACACUACCAACAGGACAAUAGCAGAGUCUGCAUUCGCUGUCAGAAAAAUUUGGGUUUAAUCUUUGAUAGAGGGGAUUUCUGCGAAGCUUGCAAACUCAGGGUUUGCAACAAAUGUCGUGUUGUUGGGAACAAUGGCAACUGGAAGUGCACCGUGUGUGAUAAGAUUGCGCACCUUAGAAUAGUCACAGGUGAGUGGUUCUUUGAAGAGAGAGCAAGGCGCUUCAAGCACUCCAAGCUCCUUGGAAGUGAUGUUGUUAGACGGUCUUUCAAAGCCCAAGAUUCUUCGUCUGAACUGAUAGAAGGUGGAAAACCCAGAGAUCAGUCUCCAGGAAGCUUGGAGGAGUCAUCAAAGCAAGAUAUGUUAACUUCCCUUUCAAGUGGGACAAAAUCAGUCUUCAGUGGGCCCAGGAAGAUAGGUAGGAACAUCUUCAAAACAGUAGCUAAAGGAGACAAUGCAAAUGUGAAAGCAGAAGAUGGAAGAAGCAUCAGCUCAGAAGCUGAUAUCCAUAGUAUACACAGUGCUGAUCGGGGGAGCAACUUCUCACUAGACAGCAGUGAUCAGGAAGAUGUGCCAGGUAGCCUGAAAGGGGCCCUGGGUACUGUAAAUCAAAGCAAUGCCUCUACUCCAGUUCGUUCAAGGUCACCAGCACUGAGCACCCGCAGCAUGACUAUUGACAACAGCACAGAUCCUGGAUUAGGAAAUGGCAUAUUUAUGCCCGCAAGUGAAAGGAUACCUGAAGAUUUAGCAAGAAGACACCGGGGGAACGUAUCUCGAACACCUUCAAUAGCUGUUUCUCGGACAUCUUUGUCAUCUGAUCGGAGCAGAUCAGAAAUAGAUCUCAGUGGGUCUAUUUCAGAAGGAAAUGAAGAUGCUUUAAGCAUAAGAAGUAGAUCUGUACCUGGAGCAUUGGACCAGGAAUUGGAUUAUCUUGAGGAAGAGGAAGAUAUUGAUGACAUUGUGGCCUCCGGCUACUCAAAGAGAAGGACCAAUUUGAAAAGUGGUUUAUCAACAAAUUCUCCUUUAGGCUCUGAUAAAAAAUGGACCUAUCUAAAUGUUCCAGAAGCAGAUGGUGAUACUACUAGCAUCAAUAGUAUGAUGAGUGUUUAUAGUGAAACUGGGGACUAUGGCAACGUGAAGAUCAGUGGUGAAAUUUGCCUUCAAAUUAGCUACAGCUAUAAAACCGACACCCUCAAUAUACUAGUAAAAAAAUGCAAGAACUUGGCAAUAGCUGAUGAAAAGAAACAGAGGACAGAUCCCUAUGUCAAAACGUAUCUCCUGCCGGACAAGUCUCGCCAAAGCAAACGUAAGACGAAAAUCAAAAGCAAUACCACGAAUCCAGAGUUCAAUGAAGUGCUGAAGUACGUCAUCAGCCAUACCCAACUUGAGACACGGACCCUGCAGCUUUCUCUUUGGCACUAUGACAGAUUUGGGCACAACAGUUUUCUUGGAGAAGUGGAGAUACCCUUUGAUUCCUGGAACUUUGAAAAUCAUGCGGAUGAGUGGUUUAUCCUUCAGCCAAAGGUGGAAGUUGUAGCUGACACUGGCCUUCAAUACAAAGGUGAGCUGGUUGUUGUCUUACGGUACAUCCCUCCUGAGAGGAAUCUAACACUGCCGCUAGGAGAGAUUCAAGGAAAGAAAAGCUCCAAGAAAAUGAAGAAAGCAAAUUUACAACCACCAUCAGGAGGGAUAUUAGAAGUUAUUGUCAAGGAAGCCAAGAAUUUAACAGCUGUGAAGUCUGGAGGCACUUCUGACACAUUUGUCAAAGGGUACUUGCUUCCUGACAACAACAAAGCAUCCAAACAUAAAACCCCAGUAAUAAAGAAGAGUGUGAAUCCCAAAUGGAACCAUACCUUCACGUUUAGUGGCUUGAAUACUAGAGAUAUACAUAAUGUCUGUGUAGAACUCACUGUCUGGGACAAAGAAUCCCUUAGCAGCAAUAUCUUUCUGGGAGGGGCUCGUUUGAAUACUGGAAGUGGUUUAAGCAAUGGCAAAGAAGUAGACUGGAUGGAUUCUCAAGGAGAAGAGCAACGCCUUUGGCAAAGAAUGAUUGACUGUCCUGGAGAUUCUGUGGAAGGUGUUUUAAUGCUGAGAUCCAGCAUGGGAAAACAUAGACUCUAAGAGAAAGAUGGUUUGCACACAGCAUUCUACUUCUGUCAUCACAAUAUAGUGUGAUGUAAGCUGGCCUACAGUGCAGCACCUUGUGUUAUUAUUUGCACAUGUAAAAUAGGGAAGAGAAAGACUUUUCUUCAGUGUGGACUUUAAAUUUCUUAAAUAGAUUAUAAAUGCAUUUCGCACUUUCCUACAUCUGCAUUCUCAUCAUUGUCCUCCUUUGCCCAGCAGAAGUCGGCAAAGCCAUUCAUAAGACUGAGUUAACAGCUGGAAUAAGACCUGUUGAAAUCCUCUAGUUCAAGCAGCAACUUUCAGUUGUGAUUAUUUUAGUAUGCUUUUGCAGAGGAAAAAAAACAUUAUUUGUAAAUGGGUUAAAAUGUCUGAGCUGUUCCAUAUAAGUCCAUUUCUUGUAAACCUGACAUUUGAAAUGAGCUAAGGGCGUGAGAGUCAAGUUACGGGCAAGCUUCAAGGAUAACUAUUUUCUCCUCCCACCUCUGGAUGCUCAUUUCCAGGAAUGGUUCCCAGUUGUGGUAACUUGCUAACAACCAGUCCAACAACCUCCAGUUACCCAAACCUUUUGUGAGCGGGUAUAGAGACUGACAGAGAGUGCUGACAUAUACAUUGCAAGAAUCCAUAACUCAUCAGCAGUACAUUGUCUCCAUUUCAGGACUUCCUGUAAAAACUUGGAACAGAAGAUACCAAACAAAUUAACAAAGGAACAGUCAUCAUUAUGUUAUAUUGUCUUAUUGUGAACAUAGGUUUAAUUGGUUGUUGUGGGUUUUUCGGGCUCCUUGGCCGUGUUCUGAAGGUUGUUCUUCCUAACGU